CAUAGGCACCGUAACCUAAGUGCCACUUGCUCGCAGUCUGAAACGUUGCGGGUGGAACAGCCUGGAUUCUUAACAACUGAUCACACACACUUAUAUACAUGAACCAAACCGGAACAGCGCGCGUCCACAUGUCGCAUUCUCUAUUAACUACAGGGCUUUCACCACGCAGCGUUUUCGUUGUUCUUUCCUUCCCCGUGAAACGGUUUCUUUGAACAUUUAAGAGAAAUCUAAGGUUUAGGAUGGAAGCAAAACUGAUCUGAAUGUUUUCGGUGUAUGAGAAAGCGAACGUGGAUUUCUUUAGCGGUGAAUCAAAGUCUUUCGGAGGCACCGUUCUGACCCGUACCAUGGAUGUUUUGGCGAAUUAUAGUAUUUUCCAGGAACUUCAACUCGUUCAUGACACCGGUUACUUCUCUGCGAUGCCGUCUUUGGAGGAAAACUGGCAGCAGACCUGCCUGGAACUUGAGCGCUAUCUGCAGACAGAACCCAAGCGACUCUCCGACCUCUUCGAAGAUGACCUGAACUGCCUGCUCUCACCAAGCUUCAUGAAAGCAGAAACUGAUGAAGAUGCUCUGGACCCCCUUCUGCCCAAUCUUGCUGACCCCCCAAGUCCUCCUUCAUCUCUUCUCAGCCCCCCAAGGGAGCCUCAGACCUUACCUGCUCCUGAUUUCCCCACUGUGGUCAAUGCUGCCCAGCUGAGUGCUGUCACCUCCCUGACUCCACCCUCCUCACCGGAACUGGGCCGCCACUUGGUCAAGGCCACCCACACCCUGUGCGCCUCGCCUGAUGGGACUCUCACACUAAAGCUGGUAACCCGCAAAGUGGCUGUGGCUCGAGCAGUCUCUCCCGAGCACAUUGGUGGCCAUGGGGGUGGGCAUAGUGAUGGAGAGCAGGCAGGCACAGCAGGGGGUGGGGAUUCAGUGGAGAACAAGAAGAGGGUCCACCGCUGCCAGUUCAACGGCUGCCGCAAAGUUUACACCAAAAGCUCUCAUCUGAAAGCACACCAAAGAACACACACAGGUGAGAAGCCUUACAAGUGCUCAUGGGAAGGCUGUGAGUGGCGGUUCGCACGGAGUGACGAACUGACGAGACACUAUCGCAAGCACACUGGUGCCAAGCCCUUCAAAUGUGCCCACUGCGACAGGUGCUUCUCACGGUCAGACCACUUGGCACUGCAUAUGAAAAGGCAUAUUUAAAGAGGAGAAGCUGGCAAGAAGAAGAAUGGAGAGAGAGAAAAAUAGAGAGAGAGAGAGAGAGAGAGAGAGAGAGAGACAGAGAAUGAGUUGUAGAUGGUAGGGAAGAAGGCAUAUAGCACAGGUCUGUCUGCCCUGCCUGACGCUCCAGACGGAGACCCUGAAGAACUCAUGCAGAGGGUGUGAUUCGAUAUGCUGUCACAUCCCAAUGCUUACAGUGCGAACAUGGGCAGGAAAGGUUUGAUGAGAUAAGGUGGUCUCUAUCCUGUGCGAGUCAGGAUGGCGGUUUGCGCUUGAGUUUAUUUGCCUGGCCCUACCAGUCCCUGUAUGGAGAACUGGUCUGGUCCAGUAAGAGCCAACUGUAAUGUGGAACAGAAGCAUAUCCAACUUACUGCUUAGAAUUAUUGCUGGUCAGAGGAACCAUAAUGAAAUAUGGUUACCUUCAAUUCAGACACAAUACAAAAUGUUACAGCAGCAAAUAUUAACACUGAAGACACUGAACAUUGAAGCGCUAUAGUAUAUGCUUUGUUAUGAACCAAUAAGGCAGCAGUCUACAUCUGAAUUAGUACAUGGUCAUGUAUGGCAUUAAAUGUCCUAAGUAAUCUGAACUGAGCCCUUGGUCAAUGGUCCUACUGUAAAUGCAAUGGUUCAAAGGAUUGUUUUAAUAAUGACUGCCAGAAUGGUACAGUAAUAGGUGAGCUGAGCAUAUUUUUCUGUACUUUGAUUUCCUCGAGCUAUUACUGUAAUUAAGAAAUGUCUGAAUUUGAAGGGUGAAAGGUAAACCCGAUAGGAUCUACUGUGCUGUUAUAUUAUUCAGCCCAAAUAAAAAAGAUCAUUGCAGGCAUUGGAACAAUAUACUUCUCCUGUUCUUCACAGAUGGAUGACUCUCGCUCUCGUCUUUUCCUGUAAACUAACAGCUGCGCAGUGACACUUUCAGACUUUUCAUUAAAAAAAAUAUUAAUAGUAAUAAUGAAUUUAAAAAAGUCAUUUCAAGCUAUGACUGCAUCUCACAACUCUCAAUGAUUUUUGCUUCUUUUUUGUGGAUGUGCACAAAGAAAAGAACUGUUGCCAUUUGCACAAAGCAACGAAGAGUUAAAGAUUCUUUACUGGGCCGCAUUUCUCAAAGCCUACUUGUCAAGGAUAAAGAAGCAUAUUUGUUAUUGCACAUCUCUUGAGAAUCCCCUGGCACUUUUAUUUAUUUAUUUAUUUUAAUGGUGCUUGAGAUCUUUCGUCAGGCUGUCAAAGACUCGCAUGCAGUGAUUAAAAGCAGCAUUGUUUUGUCAGUGGGCUUUAAAAUGUCUUUUUUAUUUGUGAAUACUGCACAUCAAAAUGACACUACUGAAGCGGGAAGGCUGCAUUUUGUAAAUGUUGCAACAUCAUUUCCCGAGAUGCUCAUGAAUUCCAUUGCCUGUUUCGUGAGGACGAGUGGUUAUCAUUUGAGCUUUACGAGACAUUUAUGAUGAAUGUAAAGGCUUAUGCCUUUCUGAACGCUUAUGUGAAAUAUAUUUUGGCAGAUUACUUUAAAUGGUGAUCUGUCUUGAAAGGUUUUGUAAUACACUGUUAUAAACGUCAACAAGCUGGUUGUGUUUCGGGUCUUAGAUAUGACAUAUCAAACAAAUUGAGCUUCACCUCUACACAGGUUCUUUUUUUAACUCUUCAAAUUUGAGUACACAUUAUUAUCUGUAAUUUGACAAUGUAUGAAAAUGUUUGUGAACUUUAAUAUUUUAGGUACCAUCUACAAUCAAGAUGCCAGAGAGGGCAUCUGCACUUGUUCAGGGCAUGUGCCAGUGUCUGAGUCAGCCAAACAUGGACAAGUGUUAUAAACUGAACACAAACCUUGUAGCAGUGCAAUCAUUGCACAUUAUAAAACAGAGAGAUAAGACAGCAUUAUUAUAGUUAUUAUGUAUAGCAGUUUCCUAUUUAGGGUAUAUCUAAAUCAGGUUUGAUUAGUGAUUUGUAGAUCUUCUUUCAAAGGUACGGAAGGUAUUAUUAUUAUUAUUAUUAUUAUUAUUAUUAUUAUGAAACCAGGUUGAAGUUGAAAACACACUCAAAAUACCAAACAAGAAACUUCCGACAUCUUGCCAACUUCCUAAACAAAGAAAGCACCACACCAGUGUGUGAUAUUUAGGCACAAGCUCCCGCUGUCUGGUCAUCUGCUAGUAUCAUGCACUGUCCCCUUUUUGCUCACUCGCCUGAUGCAAACUAAUACAGGAGCCAUCUGACAGUGGGACUGUGCCGGUAACAAGGCAGGAAUUGGGCUCUUCUGGCAGUGAGCUGCCCUAGUCGGGCCUUCAAUGAGGUGGAACAGACUACGGUCACUCUGGAGGGUGGGGUGGGGUUGUCACACUCCGAAGUUAUGCUGAGUGAGUAAGUCUUCUUGCAACUGCCCGACACAGUCGAUUUCACCCAUGUAGCCAGGUGUCAUCUUACCAGUCCUCAUUCCCAAGGCCACAUCAGCUCCAACAAAAAUACGACCCAAGGUCAUCCCAAUCCAAUGCAUUCCCCUCACUCAGGAGAGGGAGAGCUGCACUGGUUGCUUUGUCCAUUAAAUGUAGGAUAGAGUACAUUUUCUGAGAUACUUUGGAAUGCAACUAUAAAAACAUUUACUCAGCUGGCCCCUUACUAAUGCUGGAGCUUGAAUAUGGACACAGAUGCUCUGUCCUGAACUGAAAACACAUCUAAUAUUGGAAUCUGCCUCCAAAUUACACUACACACGCGAGGAUUCCAGGUUUACUCAGUAUUUGUACAGUUCAUUAGUUUUUCUCAUGCACUAUACAGCUCAGAAAUGGAUUACACCUAUUUAUGGAAAAAAAAGGUGAGAUAAAAUACAUAAAGAAACAGGAAGUCCUAACUCAUUGCAAAUCCAAUUUACACAACAAGAUUUCAGGGACUUUAAUAUUUUGAGUCGGGGACUCUAAACAGGCAGGUCUUCAUCUGUACCUUAUUUCCAUCUGGUUACUUUUGUUCACAGGCUCAGCACUCUCUUCAUCCGCUUGACUUCAUAUACACUCCAAUCCAGUAGAACCACCAAAAAGACUGAGAACUCCAUGUCCCCAGUCCCAAAUGUGGAAAAACUCAUUUGUUUUCAUGGCACUGUGUGGUGUCCUUAAAUGCCUGUCUGUUGUGUCUCUUAAAGAGCAAUAGUAGUGCUCGCUUUAUUUUUUCAUAUCUUUGCAUUAAAACAUUUCAUAUCCAGGCCACUAAACAAAUAUCUGUCUGGGUUAUCCCUCACCAAAAGACAUCUCAGUCUAUCUCCGGCAAUAGCUGUUAAGCUACCGAUCAUUAAAUGGUUGCACUGUGGGUUUUAAUUGGAUGUGGUGACAUUAAAACAGUCCUGCUGAUUGCGAAAUGAUUUGCAAUCUAUGUUGCACUGAGGAUGACUUUCGUAUUUGUGUACUUAGGCAAGUUCUUCCUGUAAAUCUAUCAAAGCUCUUCUGCUUUUUGCUUUUUUGCUCUCUAGAUCUCUCACUUUCUGUCUUCAUUCAAUCUCUGCAGCUGCAUUCACUUGUUUUAUUUAUUUAUUUAUUUAUUUAUUUUAUUUGCUUUAUUUGCUGUAAAAAGCAUUCCCAAAUAUUAUUUGUAUUAUAUGAUGUUAGUAUGACACUGUUCUUUAUUAAGAAAAAAGAGUUUAUUUUUGUUACUGGUUUGUUUCGUAAUUCUUUUUUAAAUUGGUAUUGUAAUAUAUCUAUGCAAGAACUGUUGAGUGAAGCGAUUUUAUUUAAGGAUGUCAUCAUGUGUAAUAAAUGGUAGAAUCUCA